UCAUCAAUUCAUGUUGAGACGGUGACCAAGAUUUUCAACUAUACAUGUACAUGUAUCUACGAAGUAAUCUAGCCAAGAAAUAACGCUUUGUUAACUUUAACUUAAUAGUUAAACUUAUCUUUAUGACAAGUUUAGAAAAUGUCGAGGGCAGGUGCUAAAGAAUAUGAUUGUCUGAUAAUUUACGAUCAUGCAAGAUCACGCUUAGCUUCUACAGAAGAAACGGAACUUUCAUUAAAUAUUGUCAAGAAGGCCGACGAGCAUCUGACAAGAUGGGGAUACGGUAGAAAUAAUUAUCAUGACAGAGACUGCAUUCCUGGAAGAAAUGUUUUCACUGAACUUUUCAGGGUUGUUGAUUCCUCUCAAUUUGUUUUGUUAAUUUUAACUGAAGGUUUCUUGAAAAACUGUUGGGUGCGUUAUUGUCAGAUGGCUGCCUUUAAAAAACUCAUUGACGAAUCCAUUCGUCCCGAAUGCAUAGCUUCCCAUCGCGUUAUUCCUAUAUCAGUAAAUGUACCAGAGGAUGAAGUUCCUCAGGAAUUAAGACAGCUAACCUGUAUCUACUUUGUGAAUGAUUGGGAAACUAAUGAACAAGAAUGGCUGAAGUUAAAGAGGGCACUAGAUGGUCCUUCAAUGCAGGAGACUUCUCAACCUAAUGGUGAUUCAACAGUACCAUCACUUUCCCAGCAUAUUGCACAAGGUGUUCGAGAAUCUUCUUCAAACCCAAAUAUUCCCCCUGGUAUAUCAAGUAGAUCAGACAGAACAGGUGGGACCACCCGAAGUGGCAGCACAUCAUCAAUAAAUCCUCCUCAGUUAGCAAGGGUCACUCCAAGUAGUGGGAGCACUGCAUCUAUAUCUAGCAAUGGCAGUAAUCAAAAUGGAUUUCAGUCACCUACUAAUGGAAAUACAUUUUGCUCUACAGAUAGUAUUGAUAGUAAUGAAUUAUUUUCUUCAUUGAGAGAUUCAAAUCCAAAUUCCUCAACCCAAAGAACAACGACAUUAUCUGAAACCAGUUUAUCUCAGAUAGGCAGCAAUGUACCACAACAUAUGCCACCACUGUCACAGCAUCCACACCCAAAACAUUCAGUAGCAAUGGGAGACUGUGUCACAUUAUCCGUAUCCACAAGUUUGUCUGUAGAACCAAUUGUACAACCAGUACAAGCCAGACUGAGCGAGUCUAAUCGUCCCAUCACUCACACCAGCAGUUUUAUGGCCAGUGAUACAAGCACAGAUGGCCCCUCUUCAUCAAAUCAAGACUUACAUCCAGGUGGAGAUGAAACAAGUUUGAAACAAACAGGAAUGCAGUUUCCAGGAGGAUUACCUUCCCGUUUAAAUUCUACUGAUCUGGAACCAGAUGCUCAACAAUCCAUAAGUCCUGUUGUAGCAACAGUUACUCCCUUCAAACCCAGUUCACAGAGUAUGUUUUCCUUGGCCAGUCAGUCCAGCACUAGUAUGGUCAGUGACUCUGGGGUAGAGGAGGGAAGUCCACUUAAUGGGCCAGAAGCAGAAUCUCUUAGUCUCAACUCAUUUCUGGCAGAUUCCACUGGCCAAGAUGAAGAGUUUCCUAGCUCUGUCCCAGAAAAUGGGAAUGUCAACCCAACUGUACGGAGAGAGGAACCUGACACUACAGGUACACAAAGUGCAGAGGGGCCCACAACAGCAGAAAGAGAGGGACGUCCUUCCUUGUUAUUCCAGUUUAUUCAUUUAUCUCUUCAUGCUUUGCUUCAACCUGAUAGACCUUAUAAACCACUAUAACAUUCUAAUUUAUCCCACCAAGGGACUGGUGAGAAACAAAUACCUGUAUGACACUGUCAGAAACAUCAUACUGGGACACAUUUUGUAACUUCUGUGGAUAAUUUCUAUAAUUGAUUCAUAGCUGUCUCGGAAAAGAAUUGUGUUAUCUGAAACAUUUUCAGUUAUAGAAAAAAAAAUCCAGAUUCAGAAUGUUUUUUCCCUUUCUUAUGUGAACUGCAAAUCUUUGAAAAAUGCAUAUUUUUAGAUGAAGUGCCUCAGUGCCAAUCUGCUGCAUAGUAUAUGUACAUGUUAUACUAUAUAUAUAUUUUGUAUAUGGGAUGAUACUGUACUGUUACUUAGGGUAAAUGACAAUCUUUAAAACUGAAUGUAAAGGUUACAGCUUAGAUGUAAACACUUUCCACAUUUAUUAGUAAUGGGCAAUAACCCAAGUGAUAUGAAGUACAUAUUAAUGUAUUAAAUAUGUAAUGAACAAAUUUUUUAAAUCAUAAAUUAUUUGUUUGUUUUAUCUUAAGUUUAUGUACAUGUAAUGUGCUGUAUACUAGUGUAAUAAGUGGAAGUUAUUUAACUAAUUUUCGUUUGGAUUUAACUUUGUCACCUAUCUGGAACACAAAAUAGAUUGUGAUUUAUAAAUGUUUUGGAUUUUAUAUGGACCAAAACCAUGUGAAUUAUGAUUAUCUUUUCUGAUGCUGGACAUCAGAUAGAUAAUAAUUUAAUUGUUAUAUUCAUCAUUUUAUCUGAAGAAUGGAAGCAGUGACCAUGUUACAGGUAUUCCUCUCAAAUUUAUUACUGCUAUUCAAGACAGAAGCAUUAUCAUUUGGUAUGUAGAUGAAUUUUGAGUAUUGUAUCUGGAGAAGAGGAAAAUGUGACGGACCAGACCGGGAUUGGAAACCGGGCCCACAGAAUCAUUUUUCAGGUGCUUUACCAACUGAGCUAUCUGGCCACUGGUGAUGGAAGCUGUCUGUCCCCACUUUCCUCCCUCCUUACCUCCUGACUACAACACUCUGAACAUCAAUGAAAUCACUUGAUGGCAUUUGUCAUGUAUAAAGUUUCUGUUUCAAUAUUUGUUAUCAUGAUGGAUAUAUGUAAUAUUUUACUUCAUUGGUUGAUUGGUUGUUAAAAAAUGGGUAUUUUUUAUUGUUUCUUUGAAUCAUGUGGGACUCUGUACAAUUGAUAUUUGAUAAAUUUGAAUUUUUGUAGGAAGGACCACUGAAUAUGUUAUUCAUUAGCUUUGUUAAUCAUGUAUGCACAUCUAUUAUAGAUGAUUUUUUUUUUUGAGCAUGGAAUGCAAAUCAACUUGAUAUCAUCAUAAUGAAAGGUGUGGAUUAUUUAUAUUAUUGAUGUUUUUCUUUUACUACACAGUAUUUUCAAAACAUGAUGGCAAUAGUUAAUGCCAUUGUGAUGGAAGAUAUAUCUCAUUUGUUAUCUUGCAGUUUCCACAGUAAGUAAUUAAUGGUAGAUGAUUAAUUCUUGAAUGAGUUUGAUACAUACAUGUAUACCUUACUGCAAAAAUAAUAUCAUCCUCCAAGAGGACCCCUAAGUACACAAUUAAGGCUCAGAUAGGCAGGGUUGUCCCUAAGACUGGGGGCGGAAGGGGGGAUUUCCCACCUAUAAUGAUGUAAUCCCCAAGUUAUUCUGGUAUUCCCCCUGAACCCCCUGUUAGGGGAGGAACCCCAAACCCCCUUCUACUUUUUUAAUGUCCCCUGCUAUUUCAGUUUUUAGGGACAACCCUGGAUAGGUAUGGUGGGCUGCCUGAUCUCACUAGAUUAGAUAUAUAUCAAAUAUUGAAUAAAUUAUAGCUUAAAAUAGAUUUCUUUCGCAAUGUUUCAGAUAAUCAAAAGAAAAUACUUUAUGUAGACCAGUACAAGUACUGUUGAUGCAACUUUAGAGUCUCUCUGUAAAAUGCAAUCAUUGUUUUUUUAAUUUCAGAAUAAAAUAUACAAUAUAUUGGCAUGAUUUUUUGCAGUUUAAAUAUAAGUCAAAAUGAAGACACUAAUAAGUUUGUUUUUUUUUAAUUGUCUCUAUUUUAAAUAUAUUUUGUCAUGAAAAAUAAACUUUUAAACAAUCAGGAAUUUA